AGCACAGAAGGCGGGCAUUGUCGGAAUAUCGGGUUGUCAAAACAUGAAACCGUGAUAUGGCUGACAAACUGAACCUUUUAAUGGAACCGAAAGAAAGAGUUGCGAUUUAUCUAAAUUAAAUUGUAAAGUGUGAUUUUGUCUUCGCCAUGGAUCAGAGAGACAGUGUUAAUGCUGAUCCUGAUGUAUUGACUGGCUCUCACGGUCGCUUUCAGAAAUGCAGGAAUCAGAGCGGGUUCUGGUUGCUUGGUCUGUGUAAUAACUUUGCCUAUGUGGUGAUGCUGAGUGCCGCUCAUGACAUUUUAAAACAACAGGAGUCUCAGAAUGUGACGACGCCUACUCCAGGCCCCUUAUCCUCACACAGUGGAAACAGCAGCAACAGUAACCGCUAUGACUGCAACCCUGUGUCUACUGCAGCAGUCCUUCUGGCUGACAUCUUACCCACUCUACUGAUCAAACUGACAGCACCGUUUGUAAUACACAAAGUGCCUUAUGGUUUCCGUAUUCUGGUGUGUGUUGCCACGGCAAUGACUAGCUUCUUGGUGGUGUCAUUUUCUUCAACUGUGUGGAUGAGCAUAUUAGGUGUGAUCUUUGCCAGUGUGAGUUCAGGACUGGGCGAGCUCUCCUUCCUCUCCCUCACGGUGUAUUUCAGCAGUGAUGUGCUGAAUGGAUGGGGAUCAGGUACAGGAGGAGCAGGAGUCGCUGGCGCUCUUCUCUAUUCUGCUAUUACACAGGCUGGGCUUUCACCUCGGGUUACUCUGCUCAUAAUGCUGACUGUCCCUGUCGUUAUGUUGAUCAGUUACUUUCUCCUGUUAGACUUCCCUCCAUCAUUCACACAGUGGAGGCCCGGGUCUGGUUCACCCUCUGAGGGACACUUUCAGGAACGGAGGCCCUUAAUAGUAGAUGACGAUGAAGAUUAUGUUCAAGAUGAGAAAGGGGACAGAGAUAACAGGAAUGCUUUCUUCCUCCUGACAGAGGAGCGCAGCACCAGACCCCUGACCUUCUCAGACAAACUACAUGUUCUAAAAGGUCUGCUAAAAUUCACUGUUCCUCUAUGUGUGGUCUACUUCGCUGAAUACUUCAUUAACCAGGGAUUAUUGGAGUUGCUGUACUUCCCCAAUUCCAGUUUGUCUCAUGCAGAUCAAUAUCGUUGGUAUCAGACUCUGUACCAGAUUGGCGUGUUCAUAUCCCGCACCUCACUCUUCUUCUUUAAGUUCAGGAGAGUCUGGGUGCUUUCUCUGCUGCAGUGUGUGAACGCAGUCGUGCUGCUUAUUUCGGUGCAUUACCAGUUCUGGCCAAGUAUUUGGAUUGUGUUUGCAGUAGUUCUGUAUGAAGGUUUGCUGGGAGGAGCCGCCUACGUUAACAUCUUCUACUUAAUCAGAGUUGAGACUGGGGAGCGUGAGAGAGAAUUUGCGAUGGCUGCAGCGAGUGUGGGAGACAGUAUAGGCAUCGCUCUCUCUGCAGCACCGGCCAUCCCAAUCCACAACUACUUCUGCUCUCUGUGAGGAAGACGACACAGACAGACAGACAGAGAGAGGAUUUUAUAUACUACUCUGUGUGACCGACUGUCCAAACGAACCAUGUUCAAGCUGAUUCAUUUCUAGAUGGAUGACGUUAAGGAGCAGCAGUCUUCAUGUAGUUGUACAAAUUGUCCUGAAGCAUAAAUACCGCCACCUGCAGAACAGGCAAUAACUAUAGUGUGUAUAGUGUAUAGGUCACAACAGGGUUUUUGGUGCUUUUACACAAAUCUCGCAGAUGUCAUCUCCACGUUUUAAGAUGGUGAUACACUUCAAAUAGCAUAGGAAGUACAAGACAAAGAACAAUGUCAAUUUACUGGGGGGAAAUAAAUGGAAAUGUGUUUUUAUAGAACGUUCACAGCUAGCGUGAGCAGACACAGAGAACCCCAGAUAACAUGCGUGCAAAGCCUCUGAGACAGGUGAAUCUAGCCAAGCUUUGCUGAAACGUUUUUCUUAUUCUAUUGAUUUUUUUUAUUCAGAAAUGCUGCUCAUGUGGCAUUACAGGGUACACUAUGAGGACAGCAUUAUCUGCCCAUUUCUGCCUACUUAAGCUCACAAAGGACCAUGAAACUCUAGUCACUGUGAUUGACAUGGAAGAGAACCAACAAUCUCCCAAUGAAAGUGCAUAUAACUAUUUUCAGUUGCCCCAUUUAACCAUGUAGCAUGCUGCAUUGUUAUUACCUUGUUAAAAUAUAUUGCAGUUAAUUGAAAUAUUGCAGUAUGCGUUGCAAUACUAGCCACUUAAAAAAGCAAUGUAUAGAGCCUGAAAGAGCCAUAUUUUAAGUAAUGGGCUGUUUUUAAUGCUCUUUUGAACUAUUUAUAGAUAGAUGAUUGGCGCAUCAAAUAAUCAUAUAUAAUUGUAAAUAAAUUUAGGCAACAAGGGGUUAAAGAUUUGCCAGAUCUGGCAACUGUAUCACACUGAAUAAAUUAAUAUAGUGAUCUAUAAUGCAAUUUAAAAAGAGUUCCAGAGAAUCGAGGCACAAAUGCUUCAGACAGAGACGUCACUUGGUUCAUAUUGUAAAGCGUAAACUGACAUGAAUUUUUGCUCAUGUGAUAUUUUCCUUUGGCCUGCUUUCCUGAGUUCAGUAAUUGUGAUUUAUUUAAACAUUACAAUACAGUAUAUAUGCUGAAUAUUUUUUAUUGUAAAAUAGCAUGUGCUUUUGAGACCAAACAGUUCCACACGUUUCUGUCUCAGGUAAUGCCGACUGUGAGCCUGUUUCAUUAUUAAUCAUAAUGACUUUCUGGAUGCUUUUCUAAAUUAUAGCUUUUGUAAAUGAUUGAUAUCUCAACCUGACAGGUGACACGCCAAACAAAACAGUAAAAAAAAAAAAGAUAAUUACUAAGCCUUAUUAUCAGCCUAAUAAGCCUUAUUAAAUGUGCUUAUACAAUUCAUUAGUACUUGAAUACACGGACAGGAAAAAGGUUAAACGGUCUUUAGAGCUAAUAAAUAUAUUUACACUAGCAGUCAAAAGUUUGGACACACCUUUUAAUUCAAUGUUUUUUGUUUAGGGAUUUAUUUUCUACAUUCUAGAACAAUACUGGAGAUUUCAGAACUAUGAAAUAAGACACAUGGACUUAAGUAAUCCAUAUGUAAUGACAACAAAAAAACAGACAGUUGUUAUUUUAAGACACGGAGGUCAGGUGUUCUGUAAUAGUUCUUGCAAGAACAGUAUUGUCAAGUGCAUUUGCAAAACCCAUCAAGCACCAUGAUGAAACUGGCUCACAUGAAGACCAUCCCAGUAAAGCAAGACCAAAACUUACUUCUGCUGCAGAGGAGAAGUUCAUUUAGAGUGACCAGCCUCAGAAAUCACCAAUUAACAGCACCUCAGAUUAGAGCCGUUAUGAAGGCUUUACAGAGCAUCAGUAGCAGACAUAUCUCAAUAUCAACUGUUCAAAGGACAUUAUUGUGGAUUUCGGCCGCCUUCAGCAUCGUUUUACAAUGUAGAAAGAAGUAAACAUCAGGAAAGACCAUGGAAUUAGGUGUGUCCAAACUUUUGACUGGUAGUGUGUGUGUGUGUUUAUGUAUAUACCUAAAACCUUAAUAUCUAAUUAAAACAGUUUUUAAUUCAUUUUAACCAUGAGAUUAAUCAUAAAUUUUCCAGUUUAAUUAAAAACUGGCAUAAAAUUUACUUUUUUUUGUUUGUUUUAAUUUAAUUUAAUUUUUAUUUAAGUGGUGGAGCAUCCAGAUCAAAGUGUAUCUAGUUUACUAUAGAACUAAACACCGAAUGAAAUGGUUUACUGUAAGCUCAGUUUAGCAGAGAAACUUGAAUUCAUUCCAGUAAGCUUUGGGUGGUAUAACCUAUAGGAUAUCCCAAAAGUCUCCAGACCUAGAGGAAAUUAUAGAGGACAGCCUUUAAGAAUGCCUUUGACCACAGAAGCAUCUACUGGUGUAACAGGAACAGAUAGAGCACAAAGAUGGUUUAAAGGAGCGCAUUCGAAGUGCAUUUACAUGCAUAACUUGGCAAUCAUAUAGAGGAUGUUUUGUGAAUAAAGCUAUAUUUGGCUUUAAAAAAUUCAAAAAAUUUAUUUCCCCUAAGUAUUGAGACUUUUGAGGCACACUGUCGUCUAAAGGUACUUGCUCAUUGUUUCUGUAAUUACUAUUUUGAAAAUAAAUUUUAUACAAAAAGAA